UGAACCCAUUGUUGUGUCGCGGGUGACGUCAGUCCCGUGUGGAGGAGACAGUCUGAGCGGCGUGCGCUCGGCGAGACAAAGGCGGUGGACCAGGGUCAGGGAACAGGAGGGAGAAGGAGCAAGAAACUGGGUCUUACUCAAAGCGUGCUAGCUAGCUUGCUAGCUCACAGGGCACACUGGUCGCCUCCUGGCUGCUUCUCAUCUUUCCUUCAAGAAAUAACCAGACGCAAGAGGGAUCAAAAAGAAAGUGCAAGACACUCAAGUGCGCGCUCAACUAAUUUCUUGGUCCAUUUGGGAUCUGAUGUGAUUUCCACGGGAAGAUGCCUAGCCCAUUAUUCCACCCCGAGAUUAUGGACCACGACAUGGUAGUCAGCAGUCAGCACAAUGGGGUUGGUCUAAUCCGAGAAACGGACCAAGAAUCCCGGGAUGAGGAUCACCAAGAAGCGCUCCGGUACGCCCUAGACCAGCUGUCACUGAUGGCCCUGGAAAAGGUGGACUGUGGUGGCAACGGAGGGGGACUGGUGGACCCGCUCGACGGGACCCAGGGACCGGGCUCCGAGAACUGUAACGGGGGAGGUUACGUGGACCUACAAAUGAUGGAACACCCCAAUGGUUCACGGGACAGUCCGACGUCCUGCUCCCCGUCCCCAGAGUACUACGGCUCAGGCGGGUACCACAUGGCCGCUUCCCACUCCAUGCUCCACGGGGAACAAAGCAGCGUCCUCUGUAACCGAAAGAGAAGUGUCAACAUGACCGAGUGCGUGCCCGUCCCCAGCUCCGAACAUGUGGCCGAGAUCGUGGGACGACAAGGCUGUAAGAUCAAGGCCCUGCGUGCCAAGACCAACACCUACAUCAAGACCCCGGUGCGCGGGGAGGAGCCAGUGUUCAUCGUGACGGGCCGCCGCGAGGACGUGGAGAUGGCCAAGCGAGAGAUCGUGUCUGCCGCCGAGCACUUCUCCAUGAUCCGGGCGUCCCGCUGCAAGGCCGGCACCGGCACCGGGGGCGGCACCCUCCCCGGGCCCCCUCACCUGCCCGGGCAGACCACUAUACAGGUGCGGGUUCCCUACAGGGUGGUGGGUCUGGUCGUCGGCCCCAAGGGCGCCACCAUCAAGCGCAUCCAGCAGCAGACCCACACCUACAUCGUGACCCCCAGCCGGGAGAAGGACCCGGUGUUCGAGGUGACGGGCAUGCCGGAGAACGUGGACCGCGCCCGCGAGGAGAUCGAGACCCACAUCACCCUGCGGACCGGCGCCUUCGUGGACCUCCAGGGGGACAACGACUUCCACACCAACGGCACCGACGUCAGCCUGGAGGGCCUGGGCGCCCUCAGCGCCGGCCUGGGGGCGGCCCUGUGGUCCAAGGCCACCGGGCACCACGGCGGACCCCCGCCGCCGCCGCCCCCCCCGCCGCCGCCCAUGUCCGGCCCGCACUCCUCCUCCUCGUCCUCCUCCAACCGCAAGAUGUCCUCCACGGCGUCCUACCACGCGCACAGCGGCAGCGUGAGCUCCGACGGCUACAGCGCCGCGCGCAAGGCCAAGGACGGGGGCAGCCCCACCAGCCCCUUCAGCACCGGCUCCAGCAGCGCCGGGGGCUUCACCUUCGGCGGGGACGCCGCCGUGCCCACCGCAGAGGAGCUGGGCUUUGAGUUCAGCUCCGCCAACAUCUGGGCGCCCUUCGUCAACGGCGGCGGCGGCAGCGGCGGCAAGUCCUCCGGCUCCGCCCAGCAGCAGCAGCAGCCGCUGCGUCGGAACAGCAGCGGGCUGAGCGGCGGGGUGGUGACCCCCCGGCUGUCCCCCACGCUGCCCCAGGACGCGGCGGUGGGCCCCAUGGACCACCCGCUGGCCCGCCGCGCCCAGAGCGACCCCCUCAGCACGCUGUCCUGGCUGCAGUCGGGCGGCGCGGGCGCGGGCUCCUUCUCCGGCGCGUCCAGCUCCAGCUCGGGGGGCUCGUCCACGGGCUACUCCUCCUGCUCGGCCUCCUCCCUGCCCGGGGGCUCGCCCACCGAGUCGGAGGGCGGCAGCGGCCUCAGCGCCGGCAUGCUGAGCCGGCUGAAGGCCACGCCGGGGCCCGGGGUGGCGGGGCUGGUGGCCCUGGGCCCCGGGGCCAACCGGGACUGCUUCGUGUGCUUCGAGAGCGAGGUGACGGCGGCGCUGGUGCCGUGCGGACACAACCUGUUCUGCAUGGAGUGCGCCGGGCAGAUCUGCCAGUCGGCCGACCCCGAGUGCCCCGUCUGCCACACGCCCACCACACAGUGCAUCCGCAUCUUCUCCUAGAGGGCCUGGGACGCAGCGAGAAUAGGGUCCAGGGGGGGGGGGGGGGGAGGGGAGGGUAGGGCUACUGUAGGGGGUGGGAGCAAAACUCAAGUUGUCUUACUAUCUUAAAAAAAUACAAAAAAAUGGACAAACUGCAGGAGGAGCAAGGAGGAGGAGGAGUCACUCUUAAGGAUCUUUGCACACAUAGGAUGGACCAGGAUGGACAACUGCAUUCAUAGACAACCAUAAUAUAAGGAUUUGAUUUAUUGCUGAUAACUUUGUCAAGAUGAAUAAUAAUAACGACUACAAUAAUAAUAAUAAUAAUUUUAAAGAGACUUAUUUUGUCUGCGUGAGGCGAGCUGCGGGCGGUCUGUGUGGUGGCGGCCAGCCAGGCCUCGGACCGCCUCCCAGUGGGAACAGGUGGGAGGAAACCAGUGUCUUAUCUUUCUUCAGGCCUUCAUUUGUGAGCAGUCCCUGCAGCGCUGCCAUAGUUCAGGGUCGCUGCCGUCUGCUCCUCGUCCCUACGUCUCCUCAUGCCCGCUUCUUAAGAUCUCUAUUUUGCCUGCUUCUCACAGCCUUUAUUUUGACACUUUUUAUACGCAAGAUAUUUUAUGAGGAAGCUGUCAACACUUUUUCUAGUCUUCCCCCCCCCCCUCCCCCCCACCUCUUCGUGCUCCUGAAUGGGACGUGAGCUUCUUUGAAACAAAAGACUCAAUAUUUUCCUCUCUGGCUCGCUGCUGCGCUCUCGUCCAUAGUGUUUGUGUCAUUAUGGGAUGUGGUUCCUCAUGUAGUCGGGCACUAACUCGACCCACGCAGCUACAGAACCCUUUUAAACCCGACAGAAACUCCCCCUCUUAAUCAGCACAAAAACCCUCAAAUGAUGCAUUGUUGACUCUGAAUGAAUUUACUCAUUCUCAAAACAGAAUUAGCUAACACUUUAUAGAACGUUCAGUCAUAAAUCAUUUAUAAGCCUUUAACAAAACAUUCCUAUUGAUUUGUUGAUGGGUGCUAUGGAUAGAUCCACCCAGCAGCCUAAGCGGUUUACUGCACCAACUUGUAGGCUGAUAUCACCUCUGAGGACACUCCCACUUGUGAUGUCACUAAAGGGUUGAUUUUGAUAUGGCUUAUAAGGGCUAGUCAACAUUAUCUUUUAACAUAGCAAUUAGUAACCAUCUAAUUGAUAUUAAUGUUUUGAUCAUGAUACGUUUGGCAUUAACUUAAGGCUUGUAGAUAACUAAUGACUGAACGUUAAUGUUAAGCGUUACCGUAAUUAACUUAAAUGAAUGCCACUUUAUUUUGUACGCGUCCCCAUUUUUACCAUGUAUACGGCAAUAUGACAUAAGUCCCCUUUAGAGAAAGUCAUAUUGGCACUGAAGAAUGUGUCCCAGCUCCAUUUAUGUCCUUUGUUGUGCCUGAUGAUAGAUCUCUCUUAAUGUGGUUCAGAGUAGAUGUGAACGAGGUCCCAUCCAUGGGUUGUGUUUUGGGCUUUCUUUCCACCGUCAAACUCGUUCUUAUGGCUUUUUAAGAAGUCUGUUUUCUUUGUCUGUUCCACCAAUCCUUGACCCGCGGAACGUAGUGAAGUUAUCCGUAAUAUCCAUCCAUGUCCGCCAGUCCUCUCGCUCAGACCCUCUUCUCUGUUACAACAAGAUCGGGGUGUUUAGUGUUCUUUAUAAUAUUUUUUGUGACUAUUGACAUGUCAGGCUGUAUGCAAGGCGUAUUUUUUAAAUAAUAGGAUUUUAGAUAGGGCUUUUGUGAUGUCACAUCCAUUGAUUGACUUGUCCAAUAGGGGGCUCGGUGGAGGCGAGUGCCCCGCCCACUUAGACUAGUAACAAGGGGAUAUAGUUAGACUGAUGCACUGCGACGCCUAGCCCCUCUAAACAAAAACAAAAACCAGAGAAAAAGGAAAAUCACGGCUCAUACAGUUGAGUUCCUUUUUUAUGUUUUGGUCUUCCACCCCCACUUGAGCAGCAAAGCUGUAUGGCACUCUGAAAUGACUCUGUUAUGACUCCGGUAUAGAGCUCCAUGGCCAAGUUUUAUGCACUAAAUGGCGUAUCAUUUCCUUUGACAUUUGUACUUUAACCAACGUGAUUGAGCAACACCUUAAAGGGCAGUUGCCUCCAUUUCCGUUUGUAUUUGUUAUUUUUCUUUGUUUACUGUGAAUUCAUAGUAACCGCCUCCAAAAGUGUUUUCCGUGUUGCUGACACCCGUCACUCAAACGACCUGAGAGCCAGCCCGCCGAGCGAGACAAGCCAUGACGCAGAAGCAAAAGUGAAUCAAACAAAUGCAAAAAGGGCUUCCUGACGGGACUCUGCAGCUGUAUCCAGCCUUGUAUUGAGGCUCACGCAUCAGAAGGAACGACCACCCGCUAACCCUUCUAAACCGGCAGCUAGUAGCUAGGUCAUCCAGGGCUUCCAGACACCGGCGUGUUAAAAAAAAAAAAAGAAAAAAAAAAAAAAGCCAACAGCUGCAGAUUCUGUUUUUUUUUUGCUUUUGUCGUUUUUAAAGUCGUACUUCCUUACUGGACGAUCCCUGCCAUGCCCUAGAAACACAGGAGCUGUUGCAGUCCCCCCAGAACGCAUGGGGCCCAUGUGCUAAUGUAACUUCUACGGCGUCGACGCAACGGUGGAUCAAGCGGCCGGGUCUUCAUCUCCCCUCUCCUCCUCCAGUCGCUCCUGGAGGCGGGACUCUGUCCCCGGCCGUCCCGGGGCAGUGUGAGCCGCCACACACCGUUACGCGCGGUGCCGGCCGGGGGGGGUCGACGCGCGCGCAGCAGCAGCCCAGAUGUUACAGGCGUUGGCGCUGCGUGCCGGCUCUGGAACGCUCCCCGGCGGUGUACUACUACACUACUACUAUGACACGGAGGACUCGCGGCAGCCCCCCCCUCAAUAAUCCCAUCAGCCUACUGUCCAGGGUUUUUUACAGCGACCGAGGCUGUUUGACUUGAAUGGGUUCUCGUUUGUCCACACACACGCAUGCAGGGGGGGGGGGGGGGGGUCCGUGCAGCUGUACUAGUGUCGCGCUCGAGAUUAGCCUACAGUGCUCGGGGUGUGUGCCGCCCUACUGAAACACAUAAAGAAUGAGGGGAACACUUGUAGUUCCACAUCCAGGAGGGAGGGGAGGGGUGUAGGUCCACCAGCGUCUUUUUUUUUUUUUUCUUCUUCACUGCACUGCAGUGCUGGUGCCUUCUCCUUCCUCUCGGCGGCCACCCUCGUGCCCGGGCAGCGCUCGUAUGUUUUACAACCGACAACCCUUUUUCCCCCACAAACGGGGUCCAAUGUUAAACUCUGGCAUCUUUUUUCUUCUCACUACUUAUUUAGACAGGAUUUAGGGGAGGGGUUGGGGCGGGGGGUGUGAUGUGUCUGCACAAACAGCCAAAUAAUGACUGUUGUAUGUGUCUGUGUCGAGGCCUUUUGUCAGGCCUUCUUCUCCGAGGACUCCCCAGCGGAGCGUUGUCGAGAGAGCGUUUCGUUUUAGCGCCGCGUGGGGUCUAAUGUACAUUCUGUUGUUGCACCCGGAUCUCUUUUGGCCAAUGGGAGAAUGUUGUUUUGGUUAUGUACAGAGCCUUACUUGUUUUUAAAAAGGUACAAAUAUUCUCAUAUUGAUGGCUGUUUCUUUAUUGGUUUCUUAUCUUAACUGAAAGUAUCCCCUCCCCUUUCCCAAAGGUUUGAAAACAGGGUUUCCUGAGGCAUGCUAACUAGCGACCUCUGACCUUUGUCUUUCUCUCUUCAUGAAAGAGAAAGAUACAGAGAGGGAGCCAUGCCAGUGAGGGGCAAUACACUCCCCUCCCCCCCCACCUCCCCCCGUCAUGCUCCUUUUUUGCUUUAAUUCUUUUUGUAUGCAGAUUACCAAAAUGUACAUGUUAGCAAACUAGAUUUCAGGCCUGACCUGCGUUGUGUAUAUAUCCUGAAUACAAUCAUUGGGAUCUCAUUUUUGGAAAGGUUAAAGGACUUAAUUGACGAUAAGUGUAGUUUUUAAAGAACAUGUAUCAUUAUUUGUAAGUUAACCAUCUGCAUGUCUUCAAGCCACCAGGCGUUGGCAAAUGAUUUUUAAGAAAAAAAAACCUUUUUACACAUUUUAUUUUUACAAUUUAUUUGCUUACCUGAAUAUCCCAGACAAUAAUGUGACCCUUUUUAUUA